CUGAGUUUUCUAUACACAAAACACAGUGAGGCAUGGACAUGGAACCGGUGCCUGCAGAAACCUAAAGUCACCGUGAUCAGCCAGAAAGCGGUGCCUUAAAAAUAACACCCGCACUGCAGCACUGAUUAAAUGCGCAGGCGUCAGGGUUGUUGACGUUCCCGAAUAACACGCAUGCGCGCAGCACACAAAAGGCCGCGGAACGAUCAGCUACAGGUUAAAAACGACAAGGAAUUUAUCUACAGGAAUCUCGAACACAACACGCCAGUUUUUCUGUAUCUGUCCAGAUAUUUAAGAAUUGGAGCAAGGGAUUCACUCGAUCUUCCUUCCUGCUCAGACUGGGCAGGGAUUCAGUCAAUCAUCUGACUGACUGGCAUGGUCGUCAAUUUACACAGGGGAGAGGCAAUUCCAUUCACUUGCUCAGUCUGUGGGAAUGGAUUCACUGGGUCACCUCAACUGAAGGUAUAUCAGCAAGUUUACACUGGGCAAGACCAUUCACCUGUUCUGUGGGUGAGAAGGGAUUCAGUUGGUCUUCCCACCUGUAAGUACACUAGUCAGUUCACACUGGGCAGAGGCUGGUCAUCUGCUGAAUUCGUGGGGAAGGAUUCACUCGGUCAGCUGACCUAAUGGCUGACCAGCGAGUUCACACCAGGGAGCGUCCGUUCACCUGCUCAGACUGUGGGAAGGGAUUCCAUCAGUCAACCACCCUACUGGUACACAAGUCAGUUCACACUGGGGAGAGGCCGUUCACCUGCUCAGACUGUGGGAAGGGAUUCACUCAAUCGUCCAACCUAAUAGUGCAUCAGCGAGUUCACAUCAGGGAGAAGCCAUUCACCUGCUCAGACUGCGGGAAGGGAUUCACUCGGUCAUCUGACCUACUGGUGCACCAACGAGUUCACACUGGGGAGAGGCCAUUCACCUGCUCAGAUUGUGGGAUGGGAUUCACUCGGUCAUCCAAACUGAAGGAACAUCAGAGAAUUCACACCGGGGAAUGGCCAUUCACCUGCUCAGACUGUGGGAAGGGAUUCACUUGUUUAUCUAAACUGAAGGUACAUCAGCGAGUUCACACUGGAGAGAGGCCGUUCACCUGCUCAGACUGUGGGAAGGGAUUCACUCGGUCAUCCAAGCUACUGGCACACCAGUCAGUUCACACUGGAGAGAGGCCAUUCACCUGCUCAGACUGCGGGAAGGGAUUCACUUGCUCAUCUAAUCUGAAGGCACAUCAGCGAGUUCACACUGGAGAGAGGCUGUUCACCUGCUCAGACUGUGGAAAGGGCUUUACUCGGUCACCCGACCUACUGGUACACCAGCGAGUUCACACUGCAGAGAGGCCGUUCAUCUGCUCAGACUGUGGGAAGGGAUUCACUCGGUCACCCGACCUACUGGCACACCAGAGAGUUCACACUGGAGAGAGGCCGUUCAGCUGCUCAGACUGUGGGAAGGGGUUCAGUCGGUCACCCGACCUACUGGUACACCAGCGAGUUCACACUGGGGAGAGGCCGUUCACCUGUUCAGACUGUGGGAGGAGGUUCACUCAGUCCUCCACUUUACAGAGACACCAGUCAGUUCACACAGGGGAGAGGCCGUUCAGCUGCUCAGUCUGUGGGAAGACAUUCACUCGGUCAUCCAACCUGGAGAGUCAUCAGCGAGUUCACACUGGGGAGAAGCCAUUCACCUGCUCAGAAUGUGGGAAGGGAUUCACUCGGUCAUCCAGCCUAGAGAGUCAUCAGCGAGUUCACACAGGGGAGAAGCCGUUCACCUGCUCAGAAUGUGGGAAGAGAUUCACUUGGUCAUCCCAACUACUGGUACAUCAGCGACUUCACACUGGCGAGAGGCCGUUCACCUGCUCAGACUGUGGGAAGGGAUUCACUUCGUCAUCUCAACUGAAGGUACAUCAGCGAGUUCACACUGGAGAGAGGCCGUUCACCUGCUCAGACUGUGGGAAGGGAUUCACUCAGUCAUCUGACCUAAAGGCUCACCAGCGAGUUCACACCGGGGAGAGGCCAUUCACCUGCUCGGACUGUGGGAAGGGAUUCACUUGCUCAUCUCACCUGAAGGUACAUCAGCGAGUUCACACCGGGGAGCGGCCAUUCACCUGCUCAGACUGCGGGAAGAGAUUCACUAUGUCAUCUGAUCUACUAAAACACCAGUCAGUUCACACCAGAGAGAGGCCAUUCACCUGCUCAGACUGUGGGAAGGGAUUCACUCGGUCAUCUUACCUAAUAGUACACCAGCGAAUUCACACUGGAGAGUGGCCGUUCUCCUGCUCGGAUUGUGGGAAGGGAUUCACUUGGUCAUCUCAACUGAAGGUACAUCAGCGACUUCACACUGGCGAGAGGCCGUUCACCUGCUCAGACUGUGGGAAGGGAUUCACUCUAUCAUCUCAUCUGAAAGAACAUCAGCGAGUUCAUACUGGAGAGAGGCCAUUCACCUGCUCAGACUGUGGGAAGGGAUUCGCUUCGUCAUCUCCACUGAAGGUACAUCAGCGACUUCACACUGGCGAGAGGCCAUUCACCUGCUCAGUGUGUGGGAAGAGAUUCACUUUGUCAACUGAUCUACUGAGACACCAGUCAGUUCACACCAGAGAGUGGCCAUUCACCUGCUCAGACUGUGGGAAGGGAUUCACUUCGUCAUCUAAUCUGAAGGUACACCAGCGAGUUCACACUGGGGAGAGGCAUUUUUAUGCUCAGACUGUGAGAAGGGAUUCACAUCGUCAUCUAAAGUGAAGGUACAUCAGAGAGUUCACACUGGGGAGAGGCCUUUCACCUGCUCAGACUGUCGGAAGGUAUUGAUUCUGUCAUCUCAACUGAAGGUACAUCAGCGAGUUCACACAGGGGAGAGGCCGUUCACCUGCUCAGACUUUGAUAAGAGAUUCUCUCAGCCAAAUCAACCGAAUGUGCAUCAUUGAGUUCACACUGGGGAGAGGACGUUCACCUGCUGUGAAUGCGGGAAGGGAUUCACUCAGUCAUCUAUCCUAUGUAAAUCCCGUUUUGGCUAGCAGCUUAAUAUAGGGGGUGAUAGCCCCCCAGCCUGGGAAAACUUAAGAAAUCUCAUUUGGUUGAACGCUGCGUGAUGUGUCCCCUGUUACAAAUCAGUACCCCGAAAUAACAAGAACAGUACAGAGUAUGUGAUUACACGGUUGAGCUUUAUAAUUCUUACUUUGACUAUAGGGUCAGGAAAGAAAACCAAAAAAAGAAAAGGGGCCCACUCUCUCCAUUCGCGUCUUCUCAUCUCUCCCCAGCAAAAGACCGGGAAAAUCUGUCUUCCAGACUCACAUGAAAGAACAACAUUUCUCUCAGUGGAUAACCCCGCAUUCCAAAAUCCUGUUAUCUGUAGUCAUAACCUAAAGAUUGCUGCUACAGAGAAACCAUUACCUCAGCAAUGAAACGUUACAGAGAGGCCAUUACAUUAGCAGUGAAACUUACAACAUAUUACACUUGUGACACACUGCCGGGUUCACACUGGGGAGAAAGUUUCAAUCGGCUACAUGCUGGAUAUUUGUCCAUUAUCAUUGCUGAAUGCAAUUUUGAGAGUGACUGUUGGUGCUGAACUCUGCAAAUAUUGCUGCUGCUCACCACACCCAGUUCUGCACCCUGGUCACUGGGCAUGGGAGGAGUUUCUUCUGCUGCAUAUUCACCUUUAAUGGGACUGGAGUUUAAUAUUCUGGAUCUGUGACAUAUAAAUCAGUUCUAUUUUAAACUCUGUCUCUGGUACUUAGUGAAUUUAUGACACACCUAGUGUACAGUAGAGAGUCAACUCAGGCCGGCUGGACCCUGCCAGUGAUUCAGUUCCACGACAGUCCUUUUAAAUCCACCCCUGUUGUUCAUCUCUCGCUCUCCCUGUGGGAUGGGGUCCAAACAGUCACCACUCUGUGGGUGAAGAGGUUUUGCUUGAAUUUUCUGCAGACUGACGAAAUCAAGCUGACUGUAGUUCUGUCUGAGAUGUUCUUUGCCCCUCUAAUCUCUCGGCUGAGGAAGAAUGUCAUUGGGAGUUAACCUCUUUAUUCAGGGCUCAUUCCCACAUUAUGGGUCAUUUUCUCUACUUCUAAAGGGUUGUAAGGAAACACCACUGUCCUCUAAAGACUGAAAUCAGAAUGGGAAACCAUCAGUUGGAUGCUCAACGGAACAGGGUCAGAAACCAGAGGCGGGUCUGCACAGGCAGAGUUUUGGGCUCUGGACGAUGGUCGGGGUAGGAACGUAUGAUGAGGAGAAGGGAAUCAGCAGCGGGGCGUGGCAACGAAUGACAGAGUAGCAACAUUUGGAAGCUGAUUGACAGGGAAAAUAGCAACAUACAUCAAAGUUGCUGGUGAACGCAGCAACUAGUCCUGACGAAGGGUCUCGGCCUGAAACGUCGACUGCGCCUCUUCCUAUAGAUGCUGCCUGGCCUGCUGCGUUCACCAGCAACUUUGAUGUCUGUUGCUUGAAUUUCCAGCAUCUGCAGAAUUCCUGUUGACAGGGAAAAUAAUUUGUUUGUCUGACUGAUGACACAAACAAUACCUGUGGUGAGGUGCUCCACUGGUCGAGGAACAUAUGUGUGUUGGGAAUGGUUUUAUCUAUUGAGGGAGUUGUUCCUGCUUGUUUAUCCUGUAACAUUAUAUCCGGAUGGUUAUUAUGGAUUGUCCUAUCUGUAAUAAUGUAUUGAUUAUCAUAUAAUCUGUAAGAUUUGGACUCUAAAACUGGAUCGGGCUUGAAUUUAUGAUGCCUUAAUGAAGUGAUGGAGGGCAUUCAUGAGUUUGUAUUUUACAGCAAGAUUUUGGUGAAUGAUAUUUACCACUUGAUUGUACCUUUGUAAUUAAUCAGAUUGAGCUAAACUGCUGCAAGAUCCUGAAAUGUGUUGGUUUUUGUCUCGUUUCUCUUGGCAUUAUCUGCACUUACUGCCUUGUUUGUUUGUAUUCCAUGUAUUUUUGAUUUUUUUUCCCCCCUUUUGUUAACCACAUUGUCCUGUAUUUCUGCAAGGAACCCCUCUGUUUCUGGGAAGAGGUCUCCAACUCUCAGUCAGGUGCUCGAUGCUUCCUUGUCACCAUCUCGUCUGCUCAGAUCGUUGGGAUGUCUUCCAUGGAGGGUCGUACUUAUUCCACUGGUUAAUAUUUUCUUCCAUAGGGAUGAUUCCUUUUUCUGAGUUGGCCUCUCAUUUAAGUUUUCUGGUCUGUAUUUCUUAUCGUGAUUGCAUAUACACACAUGGAGUGCUGAAUCCUGUUCAUUUU